CAUCGUUGUGGCGCUGUAUAGGCCUCAAGUAUAAAGGGCGGAGCCGUCGAGCGAACCAGUCGAACGCAGCGUGUAUGAGUGCGAAAAGGGUCAUCAUGGCUGCUGUGGAGUCUCUCAAGAUGUUGGGCGGCACUCGUAUUCCAGCGUUCGGACUUGGAACAUGGCAGUCAAAGCCGGGUGAAGUGGGAGCAGCAGUGGAAGUAGCUCUCAAGGCAGGCUACAGGCACCUCGACUGUGCCCACAUCUACCAAAACGAGGCUGAGAUUGGUGAGGCUCUCCAGAAGUGCUUCAAUGAGGGUGUGUGCAAGAGAGAGAACCUCUUUGUUACUUCAAAGUUGUGGGCUGGUGACAUGGAGGAGCAGUAUGUGCUGCCGGCCAUACAACUGACUCUGAAGAACCUGCAGCUGGACUAUCUUGAUCUCUACCUCAUCCACUCUCCGUUUGCCUUCCGUCACAAUCUGGACAUGUCAAAUCUUCAAGAAGUGGACAAACUUGGUUAUGACGAAUCACGAAUUGCUGGAAUAUGGAAGGGGAUGGAAGAUGUGCUGGGAAAAGGUCUGACUAGGGCCAUAGGCAUCUCCAACCUUACCAUCACAAAGACAGAGUCACUCCUCAAGACUGCCAAGAUUGUACCAGCUGUCAACCAGGUGGAGUGCCACCCUUAUUUCCAGCAGAAGAAACUUAGAGAGUACUGUGAUACCAAAGGUAUUCUGAUUGAAGCAUAUGCCCCGCUAGGUAGUCCUGCGCGGAGAGGAGUUGAGGCCACCGACCCUGUCGUUAUGGACGAUCCCACCAUCAAAGAAAUAGCCUCCAAAAAGGGGGCAACUCCUGCCCAGAUCUGCAUCUCGUUCCUCCUCCACCGAGGGUUUGUGGUGAUUCCAAAGUCAGUGACCCCUCACAGGAUCCAGGAGAACUUUGAGGCAACAAAAGUGUCUCUCACCAAGGAUGAAGUUGAGGCACUGGUGGCUGUUGAUAAGAACCUCCGUCUGUUCAAGAAUUUCACAUUAUUUUUGCCUAAGGGAACCACCAUUGAUGAAAUAUUUGAUGUAGAAGCAGACGAAAAGUUUGUAAUUCAGAGUUAGAAAGUGUAUUUUAGAGUGAAGAAUUUGAGAACUGCCACACUAUGCAUGCAUGUUGCAUGCGUCUGUGUCCCAUUGACUCAUUGCUUGCAAGCUUUAAUUGAUGUCGUGAAUAGAUUGUUUCGUGUCUGUCAUGGGUUUUGUUGGUGACACUCCCUGUGUACUUUGCUGCAAGG